CCAAACAGCUGAUACUUGUCAAAGUUGUUUACUAACUCAAAAUGUAAAAUUGUAGAUUCAGAUUUUUUCAAAAUUACGAAAUAUUGUUAACGGUUAAGUAAACAUCUAAAAUGAUGAUAAAAUAAGUGAUUAUCACGCAAGGAAAAAAAACGUAAAAGUAUAGAUAUGUUUUAAAGUGAAGCGGUCUGAAACAGUGAAUAAUUUUUUUAAAGUGUAGUUUUGUACAGAAUCUGAUUUGAAAAGCAAUAUUUAUAGAAUGAGAGUGGGAAUUAAAUAGGGUGCUCGCGAAAAUGUAAUACGGAGAACCUGAAUUAAAGUAACAUAGUUUUGGCAGCAGCAAAGCAUAUCACUUGAGGCGAAGCCUUUUAAGAAGUAGAUGCAACUUCAAUGAAUAAGAAGAUUCAAAAUUGUUGAGAGGGAGAUUAUCAAAUACACAUAAAAUUUGACUUGUUGGCCCCCCAGAAAUAAUUACACAAUUAUUUAGCUACUCACAUCCAUUGCUACCGCUGAAGACGUCAUUGACAAUAGCAGCAAGGCAACGUGGCCGGUAACGCAGGUUCAGUUGUGUUGGUAACACAAAGUGCGUAAGAAGUAAAUCCAAGAUGGCGGCACGAGGCUCACAGUGUUGCCUAACCAUGGCGACCAGAAGUUACAGCUGCAAAAAUAAUGCUGACAAGAAUGUCAGCUUCCUCGGAUUGGGCAACAUGGGCGGUCCUAUGUCUGCCAACAUAGCCAAAAAGGGCUACAAAGUCCGUGGCUACGACCCAGUCAAGGAGACUUUGGAUGCGGCAGCCAAGAGAGGUGUCACCAGCACCAGCUCUAUCGCGGAGGCGGUCAAGGGCGCUGACGUUGUGAUCUCCUGUCUACCCAGCAGCAAGAUUGUGCUGGAGACGUACCUUGGAGAAGAUGGUGUGGUUAAAAAUGCGGCGAAAGGCACUCUCUUCAUCGACUCGAGUACAAUCGAUCCCAACGUGUCGAGGAAAAUCUUCUGCGUCGCUCAGGAAAGUGGAAAGCAUUUCGCUGAUGCUCCUGUUUCUGGAGGUGUAAUGGGUGCACAAAACGCAACGUUGGCCUUCAUCGUCGGAGGUCGCAAGGAAGACUUUGACAGGUCUCUACCCAUCCUCAAGUGUAUGGGUGUCAAGCAAUUCUACUGCGGAGAGAUCGGUAGUGGUCUGAUAGCAAAGCUGACUAACAACAUGCUUUUGGGUAUCACUUGCUGGGCCACCUGUGAGUGCAUGAAUAUGGGAAUCAAGAUGGGUCUCAACCCUCGGGUCUUGUUGGAUGUCCUGAACAACUCUACAGGCCGCUGCUGGUGCACGGAGGUGUACUGCCCCGUCCCCGGUCUCAUACCCACCGCGCCCUCUAGCAGAAAUUACGACAACGGCUUCAAGAACGAGCAUAUGGUUAAGGACUUGGAGCUGGCCAGCAACAUGGCUCUUGGCAUCCGCUCCCCCGUCAUUCUCGGCGCCAUGACCACGCAGCUGUACCGCGUCAUCGAAUCCCGUGGAUUUGGUGAGAAGGACUUCUCUUUCGUCUACAAACUCCUCAAUGAAGAAAUUAAAAAUAAGUAAAUUUUAAGUGUCA